CCUUCUACAGGUUACAAUAUCUUUCCCUAUUUCAUUGUGUCUAUAACAGAUGAAAAUUCACAUCAACGUGAAAUACCCCUUUGCCUGUUUGUGUUUAAAUUUUAAUCCUCAAAUUCGAAUUUUCUUCUCAUUGAAACACUGAUGAUUCGCGGGAAGAACGUGCGAAUUUUAUAGCUUCCUUUUGUUGUUCUUUUGUUGUGUGGGUUUCUCUCUCUUUAGGGUUUCAAUAUUGGAUUCCGCUUGUGCGACCAUCAAUUUGAAUUUAGUUCAACGGGGCUUUGCUUCGAUGUAAAAAAUCAGGGUUUUGAUUGACUCGUGUAUAUAGAUAGAGAUGAUAAUUAAACAGAAAGGGAAUCUUGGAAUGCCAAGUAUGAAACGCUGCAAGAUGGAAGGGGGGAGCUACGAUGACUGCGGGGAAGAAGAAAUAUAUUACGGUUACGACGGUAAUCCCAAGAGAUUGAAAUCGAACGGUUAUUAUUCCUACGGCGACUUAGAAGAUUUCAGUAGCGCGGGCUAUUGGAGCAGCGAGGAGUCGUACUGGGCCGGUGAAUUGGAGUCUAAUUCAAGGAAAUUGAAUAAAGCAAAGCAAACUAAAAAGAGCUCCAAGAAGAAUUUGAAGCCUCCAUUGUUGAAAUCAUCUAGAGGAAGAACUCAAAUGCUUCCUUCUAGAUUCAACGAUGCCGUUCUUGAUUCAUGGAAAAGUAGAAAACUCAGGGUCGAUUACACGGAUUCGAGCUUGGAGGACGAUGAGUUUGAUGGGUCUGGAUAUAUGAAAGAUAAGUUCGGAUAUGGAAGCUCGGAUUUAUAUCUAAUUAGUAAAAGAAGAGAGGAAAGAGGAAUUGAUUAUGCAGGGAUCAAUAGUAGUUACAGUAAUGGUAGUUAUUUGAAUUCUUCUCCAGCAUUGCUUGAAACAGACGAGUUUGUGGCUUGUAAUGGAUAUAAGGGCUUAGAGAGGUUAAGAAAAGAUAGAGCCGGAAAAAGGAAAGAUAUGUAUAAGCCAGAGGAUUUUGCUUUGGGUGAUAUAGUUUGGGCUAAAUGUGGGAAGAGAUACCCUACAUGGCCGGCUAUUGUGAUUGAUCCGAUCUUGCAAGCUCCUGAAUCUGUCUUAAGUUGUUGCGUUCCUGGUGCUCUUUGCGUUAUGUUUUUUGGGUACUCAAAAAACGGAACACAGAGGGAUUAUGCGUGGGUGAAACAAGGAAUGAUAUUCCCGUUUGCUGAAUUUAUGGACAGAUAUCAGGGGCAGACCCAGUUGUACAAGUGGAAGCAAAGUGAUUUUCAGAUGGCAUUGGAGGAGGCAGUUUUAGCAGAAAAUGGUUUCAUAGACUCAGAACAUAAGACCCAACAAAUAGGAUACCCAGAUGCUCAACCCAGUUGUUCAAGUCAGGAUCUUGACUGUUUAUCCAACCACAACCAGGAUGCAAGACCCUGUGAUAGCUGUGGCUCAGUUGUUCCAUUAAAAAUUUUGAAGAAAAUGAAGAAAUCAGCAUAUGAGGCCGAGCUUUUGUGCAAACAUUGUGCUAAGCUGCGGAAAUCCAAGCAGUAUUGUGGCAUAUGCAAGAAGAUUUGGCACCAUUCAGAUGGUGGUGAUUGGGUCUGCUGUGAUGGAUGUAAUGUGUGGGUUCAUGCUGAAUGUGACAACAUUAGCAGUAAACUUUUCCAGGAUAUGGAGAGCAUUGAUUAUUUCUGCCCUGAAUGUAAAGCAAAGUUCAAAUCUGAAGCAUACUCAGUGAAAAGAGGGCCAAAAAUCAAGCAUACUGGUCCAAUAUCUGGAGAAAAAACAGGGGAAAGUGUUCUUCCUGACAAGUUAACUGUAGUCUGUAAUGGUAUGGAAGGAUCAUAUCUUCCAAAUCUGCAUUUAGUUGUAUGUGAGUGUGGUGCAUGCGGGUCAAAGAAGUAUACACUCAGUGAAUGGGAGCGACAUACAGGUUGUAGAGCGAAAAAAUGGAAGUAUAGUGUGAAAGUCAAGGACACAAUGACACAUCUGGAAAAAUGGAUUGUUGAGUAUAACGCCUUUGGUGUUCAUGCUAUGAAGCUAGAUAAGCAGAAGCUAAUUGGUUUUUUGCAAGGAAAAUAUGAGCCUGUUGAUGCAAAAUGGACAACAGAAAGAUGUGCUGUGUGUAGAUGGGUUGAAGACUGGGAUUAUAACAAAAUUAUUAUUUGCAACAGAUGUCAAAUAGCUGUUCACCAAGAAUGCUAUGGGGCAAGUGAUGUUCAAGAUUUGACUUCUUGGGUUUGUAGAGCUUGUGAAACACCUAAUAUUGAGAGGGAGUGUUGCCUUUGCCCUGUUAAAGGGGGUGCUUUGAAGCCAACUGACGUUGAGUCACUAUGGAUUCAUGUCACAUGUGCCUGGUUUCGGCCUGAAGUUGGUUUCCUGGAUCAUGAGAAGAUGGAACCUGCUGUUGGGAUCCUCAGAAUUCCAUCAACUUUGUUUUCGAAGAGUUGUGCGAUAUGUAAACAAAGUCAUGGUUCCUGCACUCAGUGUUGCAAGUGUGCGACUUAUUUUCAUGUGAUGUGCGCGUCAAGAGCGGGAUAUAGCAUGGAACUGCGCUGCUCAGAGAAGAAUGGGAUGCAAAUGACAAAAACAUUCGUAUACUGCUCUGCUCACAGGAGCCCAAAUCCAGAUGCAGUUGUUGUCAUGCAUACUCCAUCAGGGGUUUUUGUUGCCAGAAAUGUUCUUCAGAAUGUGAACCAAUGUCUUGGAGGUUCAAGGUUGAUUUCAUCCAAGACUGCAGAGCUCCCUGGAUCCCCAGCUCCAGUUCUCAGUGACAUUGAUGCAUGCUCUGCUGCUAGAUGUCGUGUUUUUACAAGUUCAAUUUUUAAGGAGGCUGAAAUGGAGCCAAUAUUCCACAAACCGAGUGGGCCAAGGCAUCAUCCAGCAGAUGCAUUAAGUGCAUUGAACACAGAUAAAGAAGUGGAUGAUUCUAUCAUUUUCUCAUCAUUCAAGGAUCGACUGUACCAGUUGCAGAGAACUGAGAACCACCGAGUUUGUUUUGGCAAAUCUGGUAUUCAUGGAUGGGGCCUCUUUGCACGAAGAAACAUUCAGGAAGGAGAAAUGGUUGUUGAGUAUCGUGGUGAGCAGGUUAGGGGUAGUAUUGCAGAUCUUAGGGAGGCUCGGUACCAUUCUGAAGGGAAAGAUUGCUAUCUGUUCAAAAUCAGUGAGGAAGUAGUGAUUGACGCCACCAAUAAGGGGAAUAUUGCACGCCUAAUCAAUCAUUCGUGCAUGCCUAAUUGCUAUGCGAGGAUCAUGAGUGUUGGGGAUGAGGAAAGCCGGAUAGUUCUUAUUGCUAAGACAAAUGUGUCCGCCGGUGACGAGCUAACAUAUGAUUAUUUGUUUGAUCCGGAUGAGCUCGAUGAACUCAAAGUUCCUUGCUUAUGUAAAGCUCCCAACUGUCGAAAAUAUAUGAAUUAGGGUGACUGUGCUUACCAUUUUUCUCUGGUAUAUAAAGCAUUAAAGAGCUUCUGAUGGGGAACCGAGCCUCUUCCCUCGGGGACAAUUUUUGUGCAUUUGAUG